AUGGCCUCCCCAUUCUACAACUACACUGUCUCUACCUUCACCCGGGGCCUCAAUGCUCUCUCUGCCAUCCUCAAAAAGGCCGAAGAGCACGCAGCAGAAAAGAACAUCUCGCUGGAUGACUUCUUCAAUGCCCGUCUGGUCGAGGAUAUGUUGCCUCUCUCCUCCCAAGUUGCCAUUGCAACCAGCACCGUCUCCAAGGCCCUCGCCCGCGCAACCUUUGUCGAGCCUGCGCCACAGCAGGAGCCCGACGCGACCUACCAAGACCUCUACAAGCGAGUCGAUAGAGCACUCGCGGAACUCGAAAAGGUCGAUUCAGCUACUUUCGCUGCCAAAGAAGGACAAACUUUCAAGGCUCCAAUUGGAGACAAUGUGUUCGACUAUACAAUGGAGGAUUAUUCCGUGCGAUUUGCGAUUCCCAAUUUCUACUUCCAUGUUGUGACGGUGUAUGAUAUCUUGAGGAUGAAAGGUGUCCAAAUCGGGAAAAUGGAUUAUCUGUCGGGGUUCAUCGCUUAG